AUGGAAUUACCUGUACAGACACUGCAACCAAAUAAGUUGUGUGUUGUUUGGACACGGAGAAAUCGUAGAUAUUGUUCACAGUUUCACAGUUGGGAACCAACAAUUUAUAAUCCAUAUAGAGGAUUAAUUGUAUGGCCUACUCCUGAAAAUAUAGAAAUUACAGUUACGUUAUUUAGAGAUCAACGUAGCAAUCAAUUUGAAGAUAAAGAUUGGACAUUUAUAAUUGAAGAUAUUUCAACGACAGGAAAACGGCGUCAAGUAGCUACAGCUAAUAUAAAUAUGAAACAAUAUGCAAGUAUGAUACCAUUUCAAACGGAGUUAAAAAUAGAUUUCAAACUUUUAUCAAAAAAAGUAUCUUCUGCCUAUUUAAAUCUUAAAUUAUCUUGUGUAUUUCUUCGAGAAGGAAAAGCAACUGAUGAAGAUAUGCAAAGUAUAGCCAGUCUAAUAAGUAUUCAGCUCCCAUUAGAUCAAGAUAUUGGAAAUCUUGAUGACUUUGAUGAUGAACCAGAAUUAAAUAGGGCUGAAACUACGGCAAAAAUUUCAGAUUUAGCUGCAAAGUUUGGUUUAUUAGCUACUGGUCAAGAUGAAAAUCAGGUCGUGGAAAAUUCUAAGCAAAAAGAUGUUGAACAGAAAUCAUUAGAAAUUAAAUUAGAAGAACCAUCACAAAAAGAAAGUGUUUAUCAAGAAGAGAAUUUUACUAAGAUAGAAAAUUCAGAAAAUAAAGUUGAGCUUGAAGAGCCAAAUGUGAUGUCAUCUCUUGAAGAAUUACUAUCCUGGUGCAAGGAAAUUACAGAAGGUUAUCAUGGAGUAAAGGUUACCAAUAUGACUACUUCAUGGAGAAAUGGAAUGGCUUUCUGUGCCAUAAUUCAUCAUUUCCGCCCAGAUUUAAUAGAUUUCUCAAGUCUUUCACCUCAUGAUAUUAAAGGAAAUUGCAAAAUAGCUUUUGAAGCAGCUUUCAAUCUUGGAAUACCUAAAUUAAUUGAACCGUCAGAUAUGGUUAUGCUUCCUGUUCCAGAUAAAUUGGCUGUAAUGACUUAUUUAUAUCAACUACGAGAACAUUUUAUGGGACAGGAUCAGAAAGUUCAGCAAAUAUGCCAAACGAUAGAUUCUUUACAUUCAAUCAGGGAUCAAGAAAGUGAUGAAGAUAGUGCACAGAAUAGUGUUGGACAAAAAGAAGACUCUAAUGAUAUUGCAGAAAAAUUUUCAAAAUGUUCUAGUCAGCAAAGUAAUGUCAUAGAAAUAGAAAAUCUUAAAAAUGAAACAAAUCUUAAUUUAAUAGCUUCACAAAAUCAAAUUAUAAAUACCAUUAAUAAUGUGCCACAUGAAGAAAUAGAUUUAACAACAAAAACUACUCACACAGUAUCUGAAAAUGUGUUGAUUUCAAAAUUAAAGUCUAGUGAUUUAUUAAAACUACACAAAAAGAAACAGGUAGCAAAAGAUAAUCAGAAUAAUUCGAUUACGUCUACACAAAAUAAAAAUAGUGCUCCAUCCAAACCUGACACUACAGAAAAAAGGAUUCUUGGAAAUCAGGAUAAAAUGAAAUUAAUGACAAGAAAACAGUUAAUGAAUCCUUUUGACUCUGAUGGGGAAGAAGAAGAAGAACUAGCUGCACAAAGUGGAAUUUAUUUAAAUAAUGCAGAAAAACAAGUAAAUGAAAAAAAUAGAAAGCAAGAUGAUCAAAUAGAUAACAACAAAAGUGUAUCCUUAUCUCCUUCAAGAGAUAUAACUGAUUUAGAUCUUGAUGAUCUUCAAAAAGAUAUUUCAAAUCCUAUUAUAGGUAAAUUAUCUGCACCUACAUCUAGAGAUAGUUCUCCUGGUGAAGUACCUGGUCUCCUAGAUUUGUCACCAACAAGAUUAAAUAGAGCAAAUUCAGCACCAAAUGGUCAUCCUGGCCAUUUAGUUGAUCAGCGUAAAAGAAUUUUAUCAAGACAUAAAGAAUUAAAAGAAAGAGCACAUCAAUUAUUAGAGAAAGCUAAGAGGGAUGCUACUAAUACAGGAAUAACUCAAAAGACAUCAAGACAACUAAGCGAGCAAGAGGAGGAGCGUCAGAAAGAAUUAAGAAAAAGGGCUAGAAAAUUAAUUGAGGAGGCACGUCAGGGUAUUAAUAAGCCGGAUUUAGGUGGAUUUCCUUUCCCGACUGUUAAUGUCUCCAAUUCUAACAACAAUGUUGAAACUGGUAAUGAUGGUAGCACUUUGAAUACAAACAUCUUAAAUAAUAACAAAAAUGGAAAUGCUGAUUUUCCAGUAUCAUUGCACAUAAAUUCUGCAGAUGAAGAUAAAAGUUUGAACUCAGUUUCUGAAUCUGUCAUAGAAAAAUCCAGAAUUAAUCAAGAUGGAAAUAUUUCAUCUGACAAAAUAACAACUUUGGCUAAAGAAUCAUCAGUUAAUGAUAAUACAAAUGGAAAUUAUCCAUCUUUUAUUCCAUUUAAAAUAAAUGUGGGAAUAAAUGAAGAUGAAAUACCCUACAAUGAAUCUUCAGAAAAUUCUUCUUUAGAUGUAAAGGGGGAUAAAUUAGAUGUAUGCAUAAAUUUUUCUGACAAUAAAGAGAUAAAAUCAAAAAGUUCCUAUGUUCAUCAUGAAUUAGAUGCAUUAGAAAGAGAACAAUUGGAAAUUGAUAAAAAUGCUGCAGAAUUAGAAAAAAAAUUAAGAAAAGUAAUGGAAUCAGGAAAUAGUGUAUUAGAAGAAGAGUUAAUGCAACAGUGGUUUACUCUGGUCAAUAAAAAGAAUGCUUUAAUUCGUCGCCAAAUGCAGUUAAAUAUUCUGGAGAAGGAAGAAGAUCUGGAAAUGAGAUUUCAGUUAUUAAAUUGCGAGUUACGAGCCAUGCUAGAGAUUGAAGAUUGUAAGAAGACCGAAGCGCAAAAGCAUCGCGAGAAAUUGUUAUUGGAAGAGCUGGUGGAGAUCGUCAACAAAAGAGACGAGUUAGUUCAACAUUUAGACACUCAGGAGAAGGCGCUAGAAGACGACGAAAUCGUCGAGAAUGCUACCAAAGGAGCAAUUUUACGACAAGAAAGGAACUGUGCGAUCCAGUGACCGCCCCCUUCCCCGUCCAUGUUGCUCGUUUGCUGAUAUCCCGUCCCUUCUACAGAACUUAAAAGCCUACAUAACGGAAGCAUUCGAAUAUAUAUAUAUAUAUAUAUAUACAUUUAAUAAAUAAAAAAUAUAUAUACACACAAAUAUAUAUAUAUAUAUAACAGACAAGAAUACUUGUACUCUUCUAUUCUCUCUAUCUCUCAUUCUGUGCCGUGCCAUUUUUAACGUGUGUUUAUACAGUGACGCCUUCUGUCCUUAUUUAUAGUUUCAUUCAACCUCGUUGCCGAUUCCCUAGUCAAGGCAUUAACAAUUUUUUUGAAGCCAAGAAGACUUUCUCUUACCUAAUAGAUCUGAAUUUUCUCCACUACAAAUACUAAAACAAGGCAUAAACAGCACACGCGAAGGGAAUUUGUUUUAUUGUUUAAUCCCAAUCAUGUUUUGCUUCAUUGAUAUUGUAUCACCAGACGUUGUCAUUGCAAAUUGUGCUCAAAUAAAAAAAAAUUUUAUACGUUUA